AAUUGUGUCAAUAAUUUAUUCUUCAUAUUAUUUCUUAAUUAGAUUUUGAUUAUUAUAAAUAUUAUAACUAACAAUAUAAAUUGACAACAAUGACGUGGAAUUUCUGGUAUUGUUUCACAAUUAUUUUCAAUUUAUCUAUCAUUUUUACAGAAUCAAAACCAAACUUACCAUCUCUAAUUAUCGAAAAUAUCAUACCUAAAAAAAUAAAUCCAGAUUUACUGAGAAUUGACAUCAAAAAAGUAGAUGGAUCUGUGUUAUAUCAAUUAGAAUUUAAAAAAACAAAAGGAAUUUUAGCAACUUCUAAAACACCAACAAUUAAAUAUAUUGAUGAUAUUACGGAUAAAAAAAAACUUCUUAAAUUUUAUCCUGAUUAUAAGGUUAUACAAGGAAUUGGCAAUUUUUCAUUCUAUCACGACAUUGAUAACAAAGCAUCAGCAGUUUUAUUUUCUGAUAGUGAUGGGUUUUAUCUAGAUGGAAUUAUUGGCGAUGUAUUUAGAUUAAAUCGAUUCCCAGUAAAUUAUUUAAAUAAUGUAUUAAAACGAUCACAGCAACAUUUCAUUCCAGAGUCAAAUUCGAAUAUUGAAAAUCUAGAUGAGAAUACUUUGUCUACAUUAAAUAAUGUAGUUCAAAAUGUUGGUGUUUAUUAUCCUGAGCUUCUUAUUGUCUUGGAUUAUAAUUUACUUGUAAAUGUAUCGAAAAUUGAGGUGAUUAAAAAACAGUUGGUUUAUUGGAAUGCUGUUGACAUGCUAUUUGCUUCGAUGAAAUCUCCAGAAAUACAUCUCAAUAUUGCAGCAUUUAUUUUGCCAUCGAGCAAAUAUGCAUUUCCAUUCUUAGAAAAUGAUCCUGGAACUAAAUUCGUUGACUUUUAUGAUGCUAUUGAAGGAAUUGAGGAGCUUUUUUACAAAUAUCGAGACCAAAUAUCUAUUGAUUAUGACAUUAUUGUUGCUAUGACAGGGGCAAAAUUGUGUGUGAGACCGACCAGAGCAAAUCCUGUGAUGAAUUGUAUCAAUGGUUUUUCUGAAGGAAAGCCAGAUAUAACAAAUAAAUUUGAUGAUGAACGUGAGGCAGUUGAUUCUACAGCAAUACUUCAUUUUGAUAAUCAAGUAUCGUCUUACACAAAUGCUGCUCAAAAAAUUGGAUAUAUGUUCACUGGAGAAUUCACGCGGAAAAAAGAGCAGAAAAAAUGUCCAGGGAUCAUGGAAGAAUACUAUCGUCGUGGAAAAUUUUCUCUAUCUUGGUCAAUAUGUACUCAAAAAAAAGUUACUAAUUAUUUAGAAUCACCGAAAGCUGAAGCUUUAAAGAAUUUCCCCAAAUAUAUUUUAAAAAAAGAGAAAGUUCAAGUGAUACCAACUGAGCCCCCAAAGCCAUCAGAAGGAUGGUUGAAUAGUUUGAAUAAUUGGUUAUUUAGCAAAAACAAAGACAAAAAGGAUAAAGUAACUGAUGUAAUAAGUACUACAGAAUCAUUUUUAUAUGAAACAACUAAUUCAAUCAUCAGCACAAAAGAAUAUUCAUCUGAAGUAAUUCAACAAACGACUGAAAUCAAUAAUGUCAAUGUUGAUUUUCAGCAAGAAUUGACGACCUCAGAAGCAUCUUCAUCUAAACAAAUUCAUUUAAGUACCACCAAAAAACCAGUUUUAUCUAAUAUAAUUGAUGAUGUUGUUGAACUUUCUGAGAAAAUAUCUGAAAUCAAUAAUUCUAUUGCUGAUUUACAACAAGAAUUUACAAUCUCAAAAGCAUCUUUAUUUGAACAAGUUGAUUUGAUAACCACCACAGAAACAUCUUUACCGAAAAUAACUGGAAAAAUACCUGAAAUUACUGAACAACUACUUGAAAUCAACAAUAAUAAAGAUAAUUUACAACAAGACCUCACUAAUUCAGAAGUUCGUUCAGAUGAUCUCCCUACUACUUUGAACCCUAGUGUGUACUCUACAUUAGAACCUUCAUCGGAAAAUUAUUUAGGUUUCAAAGAUGAUAUCAACACGAUUUCAAGCCCUAGUGGACAUUUCCCAAUAGAACCUUCAUCAGAGAAUGAAAAAGUCAAUGACACUAGUGAAAUCUCAGCCCCUGGUGAUUAUUCCACUGUAAAGCUUCCAUCAGAAACUUUUUUUGAUGAAGAUGAAAAAUAUGAAUCCUCAAGUUUCGAGUCUAGGGUUGAAGAAGAUCAAAUAAGUACAUUAGAACCAUUAAAUACUCAUUUCGGGCUCAAAAAAGACGAUCUAACAUCAACAGUAGAAUCAUUAAUUGAAAAACGUCAGCAAGUACAUGAUUAUUACAUUUUCGUUGAUGUUACAGUUCCUAGUCAUACAGAUGUGUUUGAAAAUAAUUUAGUCAAAUCGACAGUAAGUUCAGAAUUAAAUCAACAAAAUCAAUCGAGUGUAUCAGUAGUGGAUCCUGCUACUGAAGAGCAAGCAGGUCGUGAUAAACGUCAAGAUCGUUUUAUUAUUGACAUUCCAAAGGCUUUCACCGAAAAAGGAGUGAACGAAAGAGAAAGACUACCGAAGGUCUUUGAUAAUGAAGCUAUGGACUUUGAACAAAGUGACCAAGCAGUCCUGCUUAGUGAUCAAGAAGUGAUACGAACUUCUGAUAAAGUUCUUUCAACUCUUAAACCAGAUAAAACAUUGUCAGACCUAAAAGUUUUAGCUCCGGAAAAGAAUUUAUUGACUUUUAAGCGAUUAAAACGAAUUCAUCGAUCGCAAAUCAAAGAAAAACCAUCUUCAAGCAAUUUUAUUAACACUGAAACCACUGAAAAGCUAAGUACGGAGCGAUAUUUCAACCAAGAUAAUUCAGGUCUGGACAUUAACACAUUCAAUAACAACGAAGUCAUCACUCAAUCAAUUACUGAAGAAUAUUCUCAUCAAAAUGAUUCACUUGUAGAUUUAAAUGUAUUGAAUAAUAAAACUACGACAAAGUCAGUUACUGAGCAAUAUUUAAAUCAAGAUGCUACAAUUGUAAAUGUAAAUACAUCAACAACAUCAGCACCUUUGUUGGUAACAUUGUUAAAUAGAGUUCCUGGGUUGAAUAAUAGUUCAAUAAAAAUGGUUCAAUAUAAUUCAACUACUGUUGAUGAAUUUAUUCCAAUGAGUGCAUCAAUAGCGUCUUCAACUGAAUUAGCACCAUCACCAUCAUGUAAACAAGAAAAAAUAAAUUUAGAUGUGACAUUACAGCUUAAUAUUAAUACUAAUGAUAAAAAUAUUAAAACAUUAAAGAAAAAUUUUCAUGGUGGCUCAUUAGACCAAGAAAAUGAAAAUACAACAGAUAUCAAUGAUAAUAACAGAGUUAUUAGAAAUAUUAUUAAUUAUUUACUGGAAAAUUCCGAUCGGUAAUGAUAUUAUAUCAAAUUGUUUAAUAUUAAUAUUAAUUAAUGAUUGUUAAUCCUGAGUAUUGUUAAUAAAGAAAUAU